AAUAAUAAAAGUUAAAAUCCCUAAAAUAACUUCGGCCACGAUUACAAAAUUUUUAGUGUUUACUGUUUACAUUUUUUUCUAAACGAAUUAUAAAUAUAGGAUAAAAUGCAAGACGACUCAAACGGGGAGAACACUUUUGAGAUUAUCGAUAAGAAAAUUGGAGACGAUUCAAUGGUCGACAAGACAGAAAGUACUAGCAGUAUGUCUUCGUCAAUUUCCUUAUUACCUUCCCCCGGAGUAUCUGUUACAACAAUCCCUACAGGAAAUUUAUUAUCUAAUGUACCACCACCAGCUGCUUUACCCAGUUUUGUUACUCACCCCAUCGUUGUACCUCCAAUUACUCAACCCAUAAAGGAAAAUUUAAUGAGCCAAGAAGAAUCUGUUUCAUUAUUGCAAAAUGUACCAACAACAGAACCAUUUUAUCCUACACAAUUUAGUGCUGCAAUUCCACCAAGUAAAGGUGUUCCCCAAGGUAAUAUUCCACAAAGUAUUCCUAGUGGAGCUACCCAAGAUUCAGGUGGGAUUAUUGGAUGGAUGAAAGGGGCCGUUUCUAGUGGUGGAAUUUUAUCGAAAGUUGCUGAAAAAGCUAAGCAUUCAGUAGAUUCAAUGAUAACUACGUUAGAUCCACAAAUGAGAGAAUAUAUAUAUUCUGGUGGUGAUUUAGACAUUUUGGUAGCAUCAGAUAAAGAAAUUAAAAUCAGCGCGAUACGCGAGGCGUUUCAACAAGUAUUUGGAAAAGCAACAGUAACGGGAAUAGCUGCGCAAUCGACUAAUAUAGCUCCUCAACCUGUGGGAUUUGCGGCCGCUGUUAAAGCAGCGGAGGAACGAAUACAAAUCGUUCUGCACCAACCCAAAGUUUUAGAGCACCCCGCCCCGGUUGUUGCGAUUGAAAAUUUUAUCGUUGAAGUUGGAGAAGACAAGUGGUACGAUUUGGGUGUAUUAAUUUUAACUGAUCCAAUUAAACAAAUUAAUCUUCAAACGUUCACUCAAAUGACCCCAAUUCCAACUCCAAUAGUAAAUUUGGCGCAAGAAGACACCCCCGGUGAUUAUCAAUUGAAAUGGUCUGGUUUAAAUGUAACUAUUGGAAGUCUCAUGGCGAAUAAUUUACAUGUGCAUAAUUCGGAAUGGCAUUAUGCAUUAACAGGAGUCUCACGUAGAGAAAUCAUUUUAACGGCUGCCAAAAUGUUGGCGACUUUAUAUAAAAACAUAAUCGGAAAUUAAUUAAAAUUAAUUUGUUGGAAACAAAGAAUAUCUAUUUAUAUCUUGUACAGAUUGAUUUUUUUUUGAUAUUAUUUUUAGUUGAACACAACUUACAUGAAAACGUUUUUAUUGUAAUAGAAUAAACGAGUUGUCCACAAGUUUUUUGAAGAGUGUA